AUGUCCUUUUGGGACUCCAUAGGCUCACUAGAUGGCAAAUUGAACGAUCUUGUUGGGUCGGCGUUGAAAACAGUGGAAUCACGAAUUGACAAAGUCCUCGACAUUGGUUCAAAUAAUGGAGAAGCAGCGUCGAAUUCACGUGGAGCUUCACAGCCAAUCGCCACUUCUAGCGAGGACUUUUUCCAAAACAUGCUAGGGUUUGGAUUGUCAACACCUGCAGCAUCAACGUCGUCGACGAAUACCAAACAAGCAACACAAUCGAGUACACCUCCAGCUAGUUCUGGGCGGUCAUCGUCACCAAAUAAGGCACCAUUGGUACUAGGAGAUGUAUUUGGAAUGGAUUUCAUGUCAGUGCCUCAACCAGACAAACAGCCUCAAGUGCUGCAGCAACGGAAUCUCGCGUCGUCUGAUAGUACAGGUGUUUCUGAGCGGUUGAAGAAGGUCGUUGCUAAGCAGACUGAACGGCCAGUUGAACCUUGUAGUAGUGCUAUGCCGUCUUCGCAACGAUCUGCUACUCCAGAGCCUGUGAAUUCGUCAAAUAUGUCUCAACGGUCUCCAAACCCUGUCGCAAUAAAAAGGGUAGCAACGCCUGAACCGAAACGACCUCCCGAACAAUUAUUCGACAGCGUGUUUGAUCAUAUACCACCUUCGCCAACUAAGGCAGUGCCUCAAUCGAGUACAAUAGUGCCCAGUUUUAAAGAAUCAUCAUUAAUAGAGCCCGUGCAGGUAUCCAUACCUCCUUCACCACCUAGGCCAUCGUCCAUAUCGAGUGUGGCGACUGCCAGUAAUAUAGAAUCAGCACCAGCAGCACCAAUAGAGCCCGUAUCAGUACCUCUAUUGAGUAGUAUGGAGAGAAAACAGGAGAAAGAGAAUGCACAGAGUAAAGAUGAUGAUCUUGUACAGGAGCCAGUGAAAGUGCAUGAAAAGGAUCAUGUAUAUUCUGUUGAUGAAGAAUCAAUUGCAUAUACGACCAAGAUAAAAGUUGAUGAAAAGGAGAUCCCGCCUAAUGACGACCAGGCAAUCCCACAUUCGAAUGAAAUAACACAGGACGACCAAGCAUUAUCGGAUUCAAAACCAGCCGUCGACUCGAUGCCAUUGGUUGCUUUAGAGAAUAAUGUCGUUACGGAUUCUCUGCUGUCGCUUGACAAUUCAGAUACUCCUCGCGCGUCGUUCGCUCGAGCACCGUCGUCUUUGAAGAAUGAAGUGGCUGUAGAAAACGACGAAGUGCAGAGAAAAGUGUCGACGGUAGAGGACCCCAUAGAAAACGAUGAAAAGCCAAUAGUGCAACCACCUAUAGAGCAGCCUGAAAUCCCAGUGCUUAUCCAAAAGACAGACAUCCAGCAAACUCCGUCACCACCAAUAAUACCACAAUCAGCCAAACCACCUCCAUCUCCUAUAAUACCACCACAAUCGCCACCUAAAAAUCCCCUAUUAUUACGAUCACCAGUGCUUGGUAGCACGACAUCAAUAUCCAACAAAAGCUCUGAUCAACCACCAACGUCACCGUCAAGUGAAACCAAAUAUUUAAAAGAUGUGAUUGCUCAGCGUGAGAAACAGUUGUUACAGUCCAUGCAAGAUCACGCCCGACUGUUGGAAAAUAAUAAUACACUGAAAGCUCAAGUGGAAGAGUUGGAGGUGUGGAAGGACCAGCAGGUAGCUGCGUUAGAGGGUGAACGAGAGGAUUCGGAGAUACGGAUUUCGCAGUUGGAACGGGCUUUAGAUACUACUACCAAGGAACGUGAUGCACUACGGCAACAGUCAUCCAUGUCACAGAACUCGAUGCAAGCUACGUUAGAGCAGACAACAAGGCUACUUCAUGAAAAGGAGGAGGAAAUCAAAGGGUUGCUGUUGGAAGGCGAACGUCUUUCCAAGACAGAACUCAAAUACUCUAAUUUAAUCAAGCAGCAAAAAUCUAAGAUCUCAGAUAUGGAGAAGGUGCAGGUUGAAAUGACUCGUAAAUUCGAGUCUUCUACCACAGAUGUGUCGGAUAUGAAGGAGAAGAUUGCUAGAUUGAGUGAUUCGGAAAAGAAGCUUCAAGAGGCACUUCGAGCUGCAGCAGAAGUGAAUGAGCAACAAGCUAAAGGUUUGGUUCGAUUGGAAGGCGAAUUGGGUAUAUCGAAAGAUGCAUAUGCCACAUUGCAGUCUGCCCUCGAUCGAGCAUGGCAAGAAUUAGCAGAGUCGAGAAAGAUGCAAGCAGAACAAAGUUUGACUGUCCAAUCUGAAGCGCUGGAAAAGGGGUUGAAACAAAACGAGGAUCUAAAUCGACAAUUGGACUUGUUGCGCUCAGAAGCUGAUCGUGCCGAAGCAGCAUACAAGAAGGAGAUUUUCGAGAUUCGUGCAACGUUGUCCCGUGCUGAAGAAGAAGCUGGAUGGAGGGAAGACAACUUUAGGAAAGAAGUCGCUCUAUUACAAGCGCGUCUUCAAUCGGCUGAAGCUCGUCAUGAAGACUUGACCACAGCAACAGAUGAUAGUACAAGGCCACUCCUUCGUCAAAUCGAAGCUUUGCAGACUCAACAUCAAGCAACCUUACGUAGUUGGGAAGCUGUCGAAAAGAAUCUGACAAUGAGGCUUCAUGAAGCUGAAUCAGAGCGUCAAAUUGCUGUUGAGAAUGAACGAAUGUCGUCUGAUCGUUUGAUGGAAUUGAAAUCUCGUAUUGCCAUGUUGGAAACACAAGUCUCUCAAGAAAGGGCUGAUAAUUCCAGAUUGCGAGUAGCUAUUGAGACUGAACGAUCUCGAGCAGAGACGAGUGAUAGAUUACAUUUGGAUGUUUUGGCCAAGUUGGAGUCUAUUAAGACAUCGCAUACUCGUGAAGUGGAGGAGUUGAAAGAGACGUUCAAGAAAACUCUAGCACAAGAAAUUGAAGAACACCAGAAGAUUUGGGACGAGAGACAAAAAGUGGCAGACAAGAUCCGUCAAACCAAAGAGGCCGAACGACAACGGAUUGUCACGAAUCGUCGUAGUACUACUCCAUCCACCACCAGCAUUAAUACCUCCUCCCAACAACAAGAUCAGAUGAAUACGACGUAUACAUCUUCCAAUUCUGGAAUGUCACCUGUCUUGCCGGUUCCUAGAACGUCAACAUCUUCGAUAAAUGAAGGUGAUGGAUGGAAUGGGACUAGUAAUAGUAGUGCACCGCCAGCUGCUGUAGUUGAUCGGUUGACUGUGACUAUACGGCAGUAUGAAGGACAGAUGGCGUCUUUGCAGAACCAGUUGGCGAUGGCUCAGAAACUUAGAGAUGAAUUAGCUGAAGAGAUGGUCAAGCUUACGAACGAGAAUGAGAAUCUGAAACUACGGCAGAAUCGAUUAGAAGAGAUUGAAAGGGAGCGUGAUGAAGUAACACAAAGGUAUAACCAAGCUCUUGAGCUCCUUGGCGAACAAACGGAACGUGUUGAAGAGCUCAAUCAAGAUAUCAAAGACAUGAAGGAGCUUUACAAGGCACAACUGAAUGAACUUGUUUUGCAAGUCAACCACCCACCUUCAUAA